AUGCAAUUGAACUGGUCCCUUCAUCACCGUCUUUCCUCCAAAUGCCACACCAAACUCGCCAAAUCGCACGCUCCUAGAAACGGCAUCUUGCCUCUGCACCUCGCACUUCUCGGGCCAGAUUGGCACUUUCCUACCGCAUCCAGUCUGCUCAGAAGCCGGUUGUCAAUCCUUCCUCUUGGACGCCGUCCCCGUCAUCAUUUCGUCUUUAAGCUUCGUUCUUGCUUCCUGGAUUAUCUCUCUUUCUCGCGCGUCCACUCCCUCCCAGCGGCAAUGCCUCAUUCUCAAUUGCGAAGCCGCUUGAAGAGAGUUGGUCGUCAAUUUCAUCCUCGCGCUGCAUUUCGACCUCCGCGGACGCCAUUUUCACCAUCAAUUUGUCGUGCUCUCAUUUGCCGCAUUUUGGACACCAGGCCCAUCUCUAGCGAACUUUUUCAAUCAAUCCGGCGCUCAGAGAAACCGGUGCCAAAACCAGUAGACAGCUCAUGGGAAGUCGGUUGUCAACUUCGAGCAACACUCAGCCCCGACGAUACAGAUUUGGCUCUUGCUGCCGGCCUACUUGCUUCGCUGACGGGCGGAAAGCCUGGAACAGAGGCCUGGCAACGAGCUGUUUUGCGCUACGGGGUCUUACAGUUUGCUCAGAGGCAUCUUUUCGCUGUUAUCAGGCCUGAUCGUCCAGAUCAUGUACUCUGGCGUAUUCCAUCUCGACCUCAAUUAACUCCCAAUUCAGACUCAUCAAAAUGUACCAUUUUGAAGUCGCGCCCGGCUUCUGCGGUUUUUGUCGGGCGUAGCGAACGGGUGCUUGAGCAGAGAGCAUCAAGGCCUGCAUCCUCUCCUUUCUCUUCAUCUUCUUCUUACUCCCCAUUGCGCUUAAGCACUGGUCCUGAGCAAGAGACGGCUCUUCGACACGAUGCAAUCCCCUGCCCUGUCGUCACGACUAAACCUCAACUGUCGAAUCCUACUGGAAGUCAGUCUUUUGGUAUUCCUCGUCCACUUCGAGACCCGAAAGCUAAUCGCAACAGCCAAACUUUUGCUGAUAAAUUAGCUUCAUCUAAGAUUAAAUCACAACAUGCUAGGUAA